AUGCGACAAAUUCAAAACCAUGGGAUUUGGUAUACAAAGAUUUGGUUUUCAUCUGGAUUUGGAUUUGGUCUUGAAUUACCCAAAUCCAAUUUGGCCCUGUACGAUAAAGAUCCGCAACGGCGAAAUAAAUACAAAGCCUUCAAAUUCGAUAUGAAAUCGUUCGGAUUUGUUCUAGAUUUGGAUUUGGAUUUGGAUUUAGUAUGGAAGAUUUGGGUUUGGUUUUGGUGCUUAGGAUUUGGAUUUGGACUUGGUAUGCAGGAUUUGGGAUGGGAUUUGGACUUGGGCUGGGAUUUGGAUUUGGGCUGA